AUGACAAUUCCCUCGACCAAUGAAGAGCUUCAGUCGGCAAUCAAAGCGCUGAAAACUUCUACCAAGGCCAUUGAGCGCCGGACGCGGGUUCUCCACGCACAAGAUGUUCAGCUAGCGCAGCUUGAAGAAGCUGAAGACGCUAUCAAAGCUGGGAAGGCCAGACAAGAACAGUACCUCCAUCAGAAACAGGCCGCUGAGGUGCAGCAUGUCAAGUUUGUCAAUGAACAACUUUUCGAGACGCUGGGUUUGACGCUUCGAGCCGAAUUUGAUCGCACUACCAAAGACGUCAGCUUGACUCCCGCGAUUGUUAGGGAGCUCCUUAAUUCAGACGACCGCGUGCUUUCCGAGCUCAAUGACCUCUCGUCCUCCGGCGCCCCGGAUCGAUGUCAAAUCGACCUCGAUGCGUUGGCUGAUCGAGUGAACAAACUUACACAUGCCUUGCGGUAUUUUCGCGCAAAGACACUCAAGGAUCGUCUUGACUGUGCAUAUCUGGAAACACUCAGCGCCACCGACAAUAGCACUAAUGCUCAGGACGUGUCUGACGGUACGAUUGACGCUGUUCAAGAAGACCUAAACUCCCUCUACACGGAGAUCGAUGAUGUUGUGGGAAUGGUUGUGGCUCAGCAACAUGGAAAUGCACUUCAUGAAGCUCUCCGGAGUGUUCAUCGGGCGCGGAAGCAGGACGACAGAAGACUCAAUGAAAAGGUCCACGGACAACUUUCCACUCUCACUGAAGUCGUUGUCAAUCUCUCUAAGGGGCUAGAAAGCCUCCGAUCUCGACGACUGGGCUUACACGAACUGGACGCACACCUUCAGCAUCUCGAAACUACUGCUCGCUCUCAUACAAAACCGGUCAUUGGGCAGGCAGAUGCCGAGCUAAAAGACACCGUCAACCCGGCAGCAAAAGCUCUAUGCCAUCAUUUCGGCCUCACCUCGGAAAGCGUUGAUCGAAAGAGAUCUGAUAUCGCAGCUGCUAUGGCCCAACUCCACGACCUCACUUUGAGAUUGGACUGUCAGUCAGCAGGGAACGUGCUGCGGUUCCUUCAGCUGUCAGACCAAGCGGCUGCCAUGCGAAGCGCUGCAGUGCAGCGUUCUUCAGAUGCACUGGCGUCACACGAUUCAUAUGAGCUUGAUGUUCGUGAGCUGGAGGAGAUGAUUGCAGCCGCGAAGACGGAAAUGGCCCAAGGAAUUACCUGA